AAUAUUUUAAAUUUUUCUAAUAUAAUAUUCGUGUUUACAAACUUUUAAUCCUCUAAUAUCGCAUGAUUCGCUAUUAAGAGACAAAAUGUCUACUGGAAUGUACACACUGAACCCAGUUUAUAGCCUGAGCCCAUGGAUUGACCUACCUACAUGCAUGUACAGUCUUCCGGGCAUUCAAGUUAGUAAGCUUACAGAUAGUGUAGGUAAAGGUUGGGCAGAUGUUUCUCCACAAGUUCUUCAGUCUUUAGCAGCAAGACAGGAGGAAAUUUUGGUUAAACUAAAUCAUCUCAGAGCUCAGGUACUCAAGUACACCAAAUCGGAUGAGAUCGAUGCACAAGUGACAAGCAUAGUACAACAGAAAGUUUCAGUUGAUAUUGUGGUUCGUUGUUCUCCCUCCCACCCUCCAUUUGCUCUGCUCGGCCUUAUAUCACAGCUGACGACUACUAUGAAUGUGUUUACAUCUAUGCAUUGUCAUUCCAGCGUAUCCAAGCUACCCGCCCAUCUCUCCUCCUUCUUCCCUCCCCCGCAAGUGGAAAGAGGACAGGCCAACCUGAAGAUAACUCUGAUCUGGAAAGAAGUUGGUAGAGAUUGUGAACUUAUGGUGUCACCUAUCUCACAAAGCUUAAUCCGAGGAGAAGUGAACUUCAUCCGAUUCUUUGCAAGAAUAUUUCCAACUAUAUUCUCUUAUGAGACCUCUACUUCUACUGCAAUAAUAGAUAGUCUGCUUGAUAACGUGACAAGUCUGUUGUGGAGUAGUCCUAAGAACCGACAAUCUCUACUCAGACCUCUAGCAGAUCGCCUGUGCAAAACAUCCUAUUUAUCUGGUGAUACUCUAGGUAUAGCAGACCUGGCUUUGUUCUCCACCAUAAAACAGCUGAGGCUAGAGAAAGAUCUACCACCAGAACUCAGGAAUUGGUUCACUUCAACUUUAUCACACCUAAUGGGGGGUAAGGGUAGAAGAAAAAGUCGGCCCUCUAGUACCAGGAAAAGUUUUCAAAAAAGAAAGAAUUCUGAAAGGAAAGGUCCAGGUAAAGAGGAAACCCCUCAAAGUUCAGCCAAAAAGGAAAAAUUCCCGAGAAACGAGAAUGAAGAACAUAAAUUUAUAUUUAAAAGGUCUGGAUCCCUGGUGCCCAUUGUUACUGUGCCUCUUGAAGCAGAAACAAAAGAAAUAAGGAAUAAAGAAGGAAUGAAUUUGUCUGGAAAAGAAAAUAGAGAAUCGAAAGGGAAAAACAAAAAUAAUGUUACAAAAAAAAAGAUUGGAGUUAGUAGAAAACCGACUAAAAAGAAAACUUCACCACCGACUGAUAAAGCAACCAACAGUGCUCCUGGUUCUCUAUUUACCAACCAAUGGCCUGAAAUAAAACAUAUUUUUCAGUCGUUUUCUUUUACUUCUCUGUUAGGUCAGCGGCCUUUUGUAUCAGAGAAACUAGACGGUUCAAAUCUUGCUUUAUCAAGUCGAGGGGUCAUCUCAUCCAGACGUACUGUACUUCUGAACAGACCAGAUUCUGAUACUUUGUCAAAGUACAAAUUUUCUGGGGUGAAGCUGAAUCAAGUAUAUAGUCUCCUACCUAACCUGGAACAGUUAGAAAACAGGUUUAGCUCUAUGUAUCCCAUGUUGACAGUACAGUGUCUGGUGUACGGCGAACUUAUACAGCAGGGAACUGCGACCAACAAGGAGGAUAUUUAUGGAUAUAAGAAGAAAGGAUUAAAAGCAGGCAAACUGCAAGUAUUUGGAUGCGGGGUCGUCUUUGAUGAGAAAUUAGAUGACACUCAGAUAUCUCGAGCAAAGAAAACGCUCAUAAACCUAGGAUUUAACGUGAUGGUUCAAGAAAAUUCAGAAACUAAACAGAAAUAUUUAAUUCUUCUGUUCAACGAGAAACUUAGAGAAAUAUUAUUGAGCGUUGGAAUCACCAGCAUUGUAGAACAGAAACAGUUGUCUUUAGAAAAUGCCAUUGAAGGAUAUACGAAUCUAUUGAUUCAGAAUUCCAUGGAAGGAAUAGUUUUGGUUUUUAAUCAAGAGAUUUACAAGUGGAAAGGUGUUGAGGAAAGUUAUCCUGAUCUUUUUGUAAAUCAGAUAAAUGAUUUAUAUAAAAUACUAAGGUUUAUGUCGCCCAACGCUCUCAAGGUCGUUGAUAAGUUUAUCAAGGUUGCCGAGGAAGCUAGAGCUGUCAGGUUGAAGUGUAAACAUGAUCCAGACAACUCUAAAUUUAAUCCCAACCUGGUGUCAGCAGAUCUAUUGAAGCAGCUCCAGACUGCUUACAAAUCAGCUGUCAGCAAAUACAGAUUGUUGGAUGAAGAGCUUAAACAGAAGAAACUCAACAGGAAUCAGAUUUUGGCGGAUUACAGCGAAAAGAUGAAGAUAGAGAUGUUAAAAGAUAGCAACCAAAACCAGGAGUUCAUUAAGUACACUCUACCGUACAUUAAAUACAGAAUAACGUUAACACAGUAAGCCUGUUUGUGACUAGGCUUUUAGGGCGCUUCGCGCCAAUCUUCUCUUUAAACCUUUAAUUUUCGCUUUAUCUGUGAGCAUCUUCUCU